GUAGCGAAAACAGCUAAAGAGCGGAAGGGUUUUGGUCGCGAGUCGCACCCGCCGCCGUGGUCGCAUCGCACGCAAACUUUCGAGUCUCGAGAGAGGCGACGAAGAGAGCGAGGGCGAGGGACGGCAAUAGUGCUUGGAGGAUGGGCGCUGGGGAAGGAGAGGCAGGUGGGAGCAAGGAGAAGAGCAGCGGCGUCGCCCGGACGUCCCUGGACGGCCUGCGGGACAAGAACGUGAUGCAGCUCAAGAAGCUCAACAUGGCGCUCUUCCCCGUCCGCUACAACGACAAAUACUACCAGGACGCCAUCGCCUCCAAGGACUUCUCCAAGCUCGCUUACUAUAGUGAUAUAUGUGUUGGAGCAAUCGCUUGUCGCCUGGAGAAGAAGGAAGGAGGGGUCGUCCGUGUUUAUAUCAUGACUCUGGGUGUAUUGGCGCCCUACCGUGGUCUUGGUCUUGGAACAAAGCUGCUGAACCAUGUUUUUGAUCUCUGUGCGAAGCAGAACAUCUUGGAGAUAUACUUACACGUUCAGACAAACAACGACGAUGCCAUUGCUUUCUACAAGAAGUUUGGUUUCGAAAUAACAGAGACGAUACAUAAUUACUAUACGAACAUCACUCCACCAGAUUGCUAUGUUCUUACCAAAUUUAUCGGCCAGGCUGCUACAAAGAAAUGAGCAGACACUGUCCCUGCUCUUGUGAUAGAGUUGUGAUCUUGUUGCAGUUUGUUCUUCAUUCUCGUUGAGGUUUAACAUUACUUUGAGAACACGAUUACCUUGGCUGCAUCACUGAGACGUCAUUUUUACCUUAA